AUGAAUGGAGCGAAUUAUAGCCAGCGACAAAGUUUCCCAGGUAAAUUUUAUGAUAUUUUAGUUCGGCAACACAAUUUUUCCGUUGGUUAAUUGAUAUUUUUGCAGGAAACGGCGUAGACAAGAGGGAUUCGAGGAUUCUCUAUGGAAAUGAGAAGAAGAAGAACGGCGAGAAGAAUUCAGAGGCUAUGGAAGAAAUUGGAGUGAAGCAGAGAAACAACAAAUGUCUCCGUCGCCGUCGCGACUUCUCAACAGAAGAGCAGCUCCAACAUGAAUAUUCAGAAGAUGGAAAAGCAUUUCGUUGCUGA